ACCACCACGAGACCCUUCAUUUCUUCCUUUAACUUUUCAUAUCUCAAAGGAUCCCAAAAGCUAGCCAUGGUUUUCCCUAUGGUGCUUCUGAAACAAGCAGACUGGGUCUUGUACCAGCUCCUAGCCAAUUCAUGUUUCAGAGCUGCAAGGAAGAUGAGAAGCUAUGGCUUCCUUUUGAGAAACCAAAGUCUCAAAUCAUCCUGCUUACAACCACAACCUUCUCCAUUCCCUAGUGUGAACAAGUGUGAUUUACAGAAUAGAGGGUCAGAUUCUCUGGUUUGUGACAUUGAUGGGGUUUUGUUAAGGUCAGAGUCAUUUUUUCCUUAUUUCAUGCUUGUUGCUUUUGAAGGUGGUAGCAUUUUCAGAGCAUUUCUGCUGCUUUUGUUGAGUCCAUUUUUAUGGUUGUUGAAGUAUGAAGUCCAGUUGAGGGUCAUGAUUUUUGUCACUUUUUGUGGGCUUAGGAGAAAGGAUAUUGAGAGUGUUGGUAGGGCUGUUUUGCCUAAGUUUUAUCUUGAAAACAUAAAUCUCCAUGCCUAUGAAGUUUUGGCUUCGGCCGGUUCAAGGGUUAUCUUUACAAGUAUACCUAGAGUCAUGGUGGAAGGAUUUCUUAAGGACUACUUGAAUGUUGUUAGUGUUGUGGGCACUGAACUGCACACUGCUGGGAACUUCUACACCGGUUUGGUCUCUGGCCCUGGCUUGCUCGUAAAACAUAGAGCCUUGAAGGAAUACUUUGGGGACAAAAAACCAAAUAUCGGCCUUGGAAAUUCAAGCCUCCGUGACCACCUCUUCAUCUCCAUUUGCAAGGAGGCCUAUGUGGUUUGUAGUCUAAGCUCAUCAAUAAUGCCAAGGGACAAGUAUCCAAAGCCCUUAAUUUUUCAUGACGGAAGGCUCGCUUUUUUGCCAACUCCAGCUGCAACUAUGUGUAUGUUCAUGUGGCUUCCGCUCGGUAUAAUUGUCGCAAUCUUCAGAAUUUCCGUGGGAAUCUUGCUCCCUUACAAGUUAGCCGUUCUUUUAGGUGUGUGGAGCGGUAUAGACCUUCACAUCAAGGGCUGCACCAACAAAAACACCACCCCUGCAUCAAAAUCCAAAGGAGUUUUAUAUGUCUGUACCCACAGAACCCUUUUGGAUCCUGUUUUCUUGAGCACAUCUUUGGGGAAACCACUUACUGCUGUCACAUAUAGCUUAAGUAAAAUGUCGGAGCUCAUUGCUCCCAUCAAAACGGUGAGGCUAACUAGGGACAGGAAACGCGAUGGAGAAACCAUGGAGAGGCUGCUGAGCCAAGGUGACUUGGUGGUGUGUCCAGAAGGAACCACAUGCAGGGAACCUUACCUGUUGAGGUUCAGCUCCCUGUUUGCAGAGCUAGCGGAUGAGAUCGUUCCGGUGGCAAUGAACACCCAUGUGAGCAUGUUCUACGGGACAACCGCAAGUGGGCUGAAAUGUUUGGAUCCCUUCUUCUUCUUCAUGAACCGAAGACCCAGCUACCAUGUUCAUGUUCUUGGGAAGGUGCCCAAAGAGUUGACAUGUGCAGGAGGGAGAUCUAGCAUUGAGGUGGCGAAUUAUAUUCAGAGACAACUGGCUGACGCUUUAGGAUUUGAGUGCACUACGCUUACAAGGAAGGACAAGUACAUGAUGCUGGCCGGUAAUGAAGGGGUUGUCCAUGAAAAUAAGAAAUGUUGAACUUGGUCGUAAUUAAUAUUCAUCAUAUUCCAUCUUCCCUAUUGAUUAUUAGCCAUAGGAUUUUCGACAAAUAUGAUUGCAAUUCCCUAAAUAAAUUCAUUUUUUUAUC